CGGAGGGGUUACAUAAGACUAUCAAAGUGCGUCCCUGAAGCCGACGGAGAGGGGAGACAAGAGAGAAAGCGGAAGGGUCCCAGUCUGACACACGAUUCAUGGCCGCCAAAGGAGGAGCAGCUCCGGCGACGUACUCACCGUCCCCGACAACCUUUAAGAAGAAGAGACCUCCCAUUUUCACCGAUGUUGAUUGGGUACGCCCCGACGGUCGCGAUUUUCACCAGUGCAGACCUGCAUAUGAUUUCUUGUCGAUACGUUUUAUCUUCAGCAUUAAGGGCCAGAUAACGGGUUUACAUAGUGGAUUAUGCAUAACUUGUGUGCUGCAUUAUCUGCUUUUCAUUUUACGAACGGGAGCUGUAAAUGCAGCAUCAGGAUCUGCUUAUGCAGAGUUUGGUAAUACUAAGAUUUGGGCCCAGGGAAGUAAGAAAGCAAUGAUGUACAGUGAUACUGGUCGCCUAAACUGUAAUGUUACUUAUACAACUUUUGCCACUCCAGUUCGAGGACAGGCAUCAUCAGACAACAAAGAGAUUUCAUCACAACUGCACAAGUCUUUGGAGGGUGCCAUAAUGCUUGAUACAUUUCCCAAAACAACUGUUGAUGUUUUUGCAUUAGUAUUGGAGUCUGGUGGCUGUGAUCUUCCUGUAGUAAUCUCAUGCGCCAGUCUUGCUUUAGCAGAUGCAGGGAUUAUGAUGUUUGAUCUGGUUGCUGCAGUUUCUGUGUCUUGCUUGGGGAAGAAUCUUGUGAUUGACCCUGUUUCAGAAGAAGAAAAUUAUCAAGAUGAAUGGUCUUCCCCAAAGAUUCAUGAGGCAAUGGAACUAUGUCUUGAUGCGUGUUCAAAGCUUGGGAAGAUCAUGAGAUCAUGUUUGAAAGAAUCGGCCUCCACCUCCACCUCCACCUCACAAGAGUAGCUGCUUGUUUAAAACUAACAUGUAUGUUUGGAUUCCAUUUUUCUCAAUUAAAGAUACAUAAUAGGCACUUUAGUUUUGAAUAUCUUGUUUUUUUUUAGCAUGUCCAAAUUUUGAACC